AACGAUGCAUUGAAUGGUGAAACAGCAAUUAAUGUUAAAGGUGUACACCUUAAGACAAAAACAUGACAACAACGCCGCCAGGUCAAGUCUUUGCUACAGAGACAACUGUGAAUUCACUACUAUCAGUAUCAAGAACAACAACACAAGACGUAGGAACCCUUUCAGUAAACAGUUCGGUUGUUUCGACAAAAGGAAUUAGUACAUCUACUGUGAUUUCUGACAUUUCAACAGUGCUAGGGUUGCAGAAUGGGACAUAUAGUACUAGUGACGAGGCAAGCGUUGGUGCAGGUGUAAUUGUUGGAGUGGUUUUGGCGGGGCUUAUCGCAUUGGUCCUUGUGGGACUUGCCACUGGCUUUUUGCUUAAACGGAGAAGUUACCGACGAAGAGUUGAGCAUGCGUGGCACAGUAGCCUAAAAGAGCAGAUGGAUAAACGGGAGCGGGCAUCCUGGCACGCCGGACCCGCCCAGGAACCAGAUAUCGAGAGUGUUUCUGAUGUCGAAAUGCAGCCAACCCACAUGUUUCCAAGCCAUACCAACGAAAGUUUGAAAAUGCAAGAUAGAAAAGAAACAGUUUGUAUAGAUAAAGGGAAGUAUAUUAUCAAGAGUCUAGAUGAAAAUAAACCGUCUGAAGAUGACGACAACAGCGACAUCGAACAUGUGGGACCAGCUGGUAAACAAUACACUCUAGUUCGAAAACCAAGAUCAGCCAAAGAGUCAGAGAAGAAACUCGUCCACGUGAGUACAGACCUUGCUCUUGACAUUCGCAAACACGCGGAAAGUCCGGAAAGUGUUUCAAAUGUUGUUUCUCCUAAUCCCGAGGGAGAUAAUGGUUUUUAUGCCGUCCGCGACGUUACUAGAGAUUUGGAAUAUGAGAUUCCUGAUAAUGAGACGGGUCCACAUGAGACAUGUAGAGAUGACGAGGAAUAUGUAGAAAUGAGACAUGGAGACGAAAACAAUGACAGUGAAGACGAUAGUAUCUAUACAAACGUAACGAUUAAGAGAGCUAAUACUCUUAAUACAACCAAAGAAAACAAAGAGCAUGCGAGUAAUAUAAGUCCUCGUCGUGCUGCAAGCGAAAUGUCGAAGGUAAAGGCUCCAAUACCACAGCCCCGCCGUUCAGUAAAAAGGCCUGACCCGUAUGACUACCCACCAAAGCGUGACUACAGCAUAGAUGUGACGGACCUUGUCGACCCUGGUGAACACGGAGAAACGUCAGCAGAAAGUCACGGAGUACCGACUGAUUAUUAUGAGCUGCAACAAUACGAUGAAGAUGAGAUUAACGAAAACCAUGAAGAUUAUGCUGAUGUAGCUGAUGAAAUUGAAGAACCGGGAUUGUAUACAUACCCUGAUGGAGAGGGUGGUUCUAUCAAUAUGAGUAUCGAGGAGUAUGAACACGAAAACGUGUAUGAGGAUACGUGA